AUGCCGGAAGAGGAUUUGGUUGACAUCAAGUUUAGGUUGUACGAUGGCUCCGAUAUCGGACCCUUCAGGUACUCAUCCGCCGCCACCGUCGAUGUGCUUAAGCAGAGGAUUGUCUCCGAUUGGCCCAAAGGUAAAACAAUCGUGCCAAAGUCAGCUAAUGAAGUGAAAUUGAUUAAUUCCGGUAAAAUCUUGGAAAACCACAAGACUGUUGGUCAAUGUAAAGUACUAUUUGGUGAGAUUGCAGGAAGUAUUAUAAUGCAUGUUGUUGUACAGCCAUCUCUAGCAAAAACUAAAGCUGAAAAGAAGGUUGAUGUUUCACCCAAGAAGGCUGUCUGUACUUGUUCCAUAUUAUGA